AUGUCGCUGCCACCACCACCGCCGGUGCUUUCCAGCGGCUCCACCGCGCCGAUGAUGACGGCGCCGCCCCUCACCGUGCCGAUGACGACGGCGCCACACCUCACCGCGCCGAUGUCGUCCGUCACCGGGACAACCGCGCUGGCGGGCCACGUCUCCACCGCGGCCCCGCCCGCGCCGCCAUCCCCGGUUCCCUCUGCGCCACCGCCGUCCGCCGUCUUCACGCCGGAGCAGGUCACGGCCACCCUGCGGGACCUCGUCACCGCCGUCCAGAGCCUCCACCUGCAGCAGCAGCAGUACGCGGCCGGGCCCUACAUGCCCCUGCCGACGGCGCCCGUUGCCGCCUACGGCCACACGCCGUGGCCGCCCCAGGGCGUCUCCCCGUACGACGCCCCUCUGAUGCUGCCGUUCCAGGCGGCUCCACCGGGCGGCCCUCCGGCUGCCGCGGCGCCCCUCUGGCCCUUGGCGCCGACGCCGUCAUCGGGCCCCUGGCCGCUACAGCAGAUGCCGCAGGCGGCGGCCACCGGACCGCUGCAGCCGUUCUCCGCGCCGACUUGCACCGGGCAGCCGCUGCUGCCGUUCCAGGCGGGACACCCCGGCGGGACAACGCCGGCCGCGACCCCUCUGUGGUACUUGCAGCCACCCUCCCCCGCGGCCACCGACGCCCCCGCCCACCCCCCGCCACCGACGCUAAAACACCGGCGCCGCCCCUCUGCCUAG